CAUUUUAGCAAACAUGUCCUGACUGAAGACAUCGUGCACCGGGAGGUGACACCGGACCACAAGCUGCUCUCCCGGCGGCUCCUGACCAAGACCAACCGGAUGCCACGCUGGGCCGAGCGCCUCUUCCCAGCCAAUGUCGCCCACUCUGUGUACAUCCUGGAGGACUCUAUCGUGGACCCCAAGAACCGAACCAUGACCACAUUCACCUGGAACAUCAACCAUGCUCGCCUCAUGGUGGUGGAGGAGCGCUGUGUGUACCGGGUGAACCCGGAGAACAGCAACUGGACCGAGGUCAAGCGGGAAGCCUGGAUAACUUCCAGCCUGUUUGGUGUCUCACGGGCCAUCCAGGAGUUUGGUCUGGCCAGGUUCAAAAGCAACGUGACCAAGAGCACUAAGGGAUUUGAAUACGUGCUAGCAAGAAUGCAAGGAGAAGCUCCAUCCAAAACACUGGUGGAGACAGCCAAGGAAGCGACCGAGAAAGCCAAGGAGACAGCUCUGGCUGCCACGGAGAAAGCCAAGGACCUGGCAAGCAAGGCAGCCACCAAGAAGAAGCAGUAUGUGUGAGGGGCUGGGCAGUGUCUGCACCAGAACAGAUAGGAGCCUCCUUAGAUUUUAUAUUUUUAAGGAAACUGUACAAGUCUGACAAUCAGCUGCUGUUAGACCCUUUCUGAGAUGUAAUUAUCAUUAAAGAAUCGACUACCACCGCUGA